UCCAAUCUGCAACGAUGGUGGACGUGAAAAAGUUUAGUGAUAUCGACAUUUACGGCCUGCUGGAGGUGGACAUAGCGGCCACAGAACAAGAGAUCCGUAAAGCCUACCGUAAAAAAGCGCUACAAUGCCAUCCGGACAAAAAUCCCGACAACCCAAAGGCAGCUCAACUCUUCCAGGAGCUUUCAAAGGCGCUGGAAAUUUUGAUGGACGCUUCCGCACGCUCUGCCUACGACCGACUGCUGAAUGCGAAGAAAGCCGCCCAGCUCAGAACGAAACAGUUAGACAGCAAACGGCAGAAGCUAAAAGCCGACCUAGAGGAACGUGAAAGAAGGGCAAAGGAAGUGGCCACCGGAGGCUACAAAACGGCGAGCAACAAAACAUCCGAAGAAUUGUUCCAGGAAGAAUUCGAACGGCUGCGCAAGGAAGGCUCAAAGUUAAUACAGGAAGAGCAAGAGCUUAUGCGCCGACAGCUCCAGGAAGAACUACGCAUGAUGCAAACGGCCAGUGUACCAAGUUGGGAUUCGGCACAGCACCGGAUUAAGAUCCGUUGGAAAGCUGAGAAGAGCGAUACCACCAACGGUGGCUAUACAGAAGAAAUCUUGCGCAAAUUUCUCUCAAAAUAUGGUGAUAUGGUUGCGCUCGUGAUGAGUCCACGAAAGAAUGGAAGCGCAUUGGUCGAGUUCCGCACGAAAGAAGCUUCCGAGAUGGCGAUGUCGUACGAGAAAGGCCGGCUAGAUAAUCCUUGCACGUUAGAAUGGAUCGGAGAAGCACCGGCACAGGGCAAAUCGAAAGCAAAAGCCGGUGGUGGUGCUGGAAGUACCAUCACAGAUCGAGACUAUGAAAGUUUAGUGUUACGACAGUUACGACAAGCAGAAGAGCGGAAACGAUUGAUUGAACAGAUGAUGAAGGAAGAGGCCGAAUCGGCAGACGGUGAACCCGUACAGUAAGCAUACAUACAUCCGGAAGGAUUU